GCCUGCCGUCAGUCCAGCAGAAUCUCAUUAAACCUCACGCGCGAUGGUGAAAUAUCGCGAUACUUGCCACUCUUCCUCACUACGUAAUGUGCCGUGCUGCUUAUGGCGGCGCUGGUGACAGUGCUGAAAGCUGUUGGGUAUGAAGUGAAAAAGAACUGACUUUUGUACCAUCUGAAACUCCUACUUCAAGUUCAGAUCAAUCGGGAAGAAACAUAUCAAGGAAAAACAAAACGAAGAACACGCCUGAAAAUGACCCAAUGACGCACCUGUUUUGAAGAAAAGCCUAGACCGAACUUCAGACACACAGACCAAACUAAGCAACCAAAGAAAUAACAAAAAAAAAAAAAACACAGCUACGCCUGACGCAACCGACCAUCAACGUUAACGGCAAAGACGAUUUGUGAUCUGAGACAAGAAGUUUGUGCCUACUCAACAGCUUCGACAAAGCACACGUCCCAACGCUGCUCCAAGCCCUCCUUAUCCUCCCCGCACUUCCACUCCAUUGGGGUGCGGAGUGGGCUGCUGUCUGCUAGUUUAACUUUCUUUCUCUUUCUGUUAUUUCGUGCUGUUCAUCUUGUCCCAACCAGUGUUCUCACACCUGCAUUUGCCUUGUUUCUUUAUUUCUUUUGUCCCUUUUUAAUAAUUAUCUUUGGAAGCUUUUUUUGUUUUUGUUUUUUUUUGUUUUUGUUUUUAUCUGAACGUGCUCCAGGCAUCUGAGGAAAACAGAAGUGUGUGUGUGUGUGCUUAAGAACAAAGCUUAAGUCUUUGGCUCAGUGUUAAGUGUGACUACAAAACACCGUAUCAAGCCAUCUAAGCAAGUGCCCUUCAACCAUGAGUGCUCCAAUAAAGAUGGAGAGAGUAUACCCUGAAUCAGCUGCGCCUACUGUCGCUGCUUCUCUCCCCUCCACCUUCAGCCAACCAAUCCCCCGCUCUGCCUCAGUCUCUUGCCACACUCCACGUGCGGCAGGGGGCAAAAAGAAAAUGCGGACUCCGUUGUACCAGAGAUCUAUGAGUUUCGACCCAAGCUUACUGCAUAGCAAUGGCUUUGCUAAUGGCACUGGAGUAGGCCUCCGCGAGACUGGUGUGGUGGAGAAGCUGCUUAGCUCCUAUGGUUUUAUCCAGUGCUCAGAGAGACAGGCUCGCCUGUUCUUUCACUGCUCCCAGUACAAUGGCAACCUGCAGGAGCUCAAGAUUGGAGAUGAUGUGGAGUUUGAGGUGUCAUCUGACAAACGCACAGGCAAACCAAUUGCUGUGAAGCUGGUAAAGAUCAAGGCUGAAGUCCUGCCCGAAGAACGAAUCUCUGGGCAGGUGGGACCAGACUUGCACGCCUCUUCCUUUACUAUGCUGCAUGGUUAUAUACAUCCAGUUGUUUCUGCCAUCCCUAACCACCUGGAUGGAAGGUCUGCUCCUGGCCAGGUUCCCACUGGCAGUGUGUGCUAUGAGAGAAACGGGGAGGUGUUCUAUCUCACUUACACCCCUGAUGAUGUGGAGGGCAACCAACAACUGGAAACAGGAGAUAAAGUCAGCUUCUACAUGGAGACUAACAAGCAUGUUUUAUCUUGCAGCACUGGAGCCGUCAGUGCCCAUAACAUCAUGUUGGUCAAGAAGAAGCCAAUGAGGUGCCAGGGUGUGGUGUGUGCCACUAAGGAUGCAUUUGGAUUUAUUGAGCGAGCGGACGUGGUGAAAGAGAUUUUCUUUCACUACAGUGAGUUCAAGGGUGACCUGGAGGCACUGCAGGCUGGAGAUGAUGUGGAGUUUUCCAUCAAGGACCGAAAUGGGAAAGAGGUUGCUACGGAUGUUCGUCUGCUCCCCCCAGGCACGGUUAUAUUUGAAGAUAUCAGUAUUGAACAGUUUGAGGGCACGGUCACAAAGGUUAUCCCUAAAGUUCCCACCAAGAAUCAGAACGACCCGUUACCUGGACGAAUUUGUGCAAGGAUUAAUUUCAGCCAAAAGGAGCUUCUGUUUGGGGAGAAGGACACCAAGUCCAAAGUGACCCUUCUGGAAGGAGACCAUGUCCAGUUCAACAUUUCCACAGACCGCCGAGACAAGCUUGAGCGCGCUACAAACAUUGAUAUACUGCCUGACACCUUCCAUUUUACUAAGGAGUCUCGUGAAAUGGGUGUGAUCGCUGCAAUGCGUGAUGGGUUUGGCUUCAUUAAGUGUGUGGAUCGCGAUGCCCGAAUGUUCUUCCACUUUAGUGAAGUUUUGGAGGAGAGCCCACUGCACAUUUCAGACGAAGUGGAGUUUACUGUUGUCCCUGACAUGCUGUCAGCCCAGAGGAACCAUGCAGUGCGGAUCAAGAAGCUGCCCAAGGGCACUGUGUCUUUCCACACACAGUCUGAACAGCGCUUCCUAGGUGUUGUUGAGAAGGAGGCCACAGCUGCCUCCAAUGGCAAGACUAAUGCCAGCCCCAACAAGGGUAAAGAGAAGGAAGGUGAGGAAGGUGUGAUUGUGUACGAAGACUGCGGAGUGAAGCUGACCAUACCCUAUCAUAUCAAAGACCUAGAGGGUGGCAUUCUCCCUCAGCUUGGAGACAAGGUGGAGUUUGUAAUCAGCGAAGUAAAGCGUACAGGCCAGCAGAGCGCUGUCUCCAUCAAGAUAUUAAACCGCACCACUAACACCAAGAGGCUCCUGGGCUACAUUGCAACACUCAAGGACAACUUUGGCUUUAUUGAAACUGCCAAUCAUGACCAGGAGAUUUUCUUUCACUUCAGUGAGAUGUGUGGUAGCAUGGACAACCUGGACCUGGGAGAUACGGUGGAAUACACUCUUUCUAAGGGCAAAGGGAACAAAGUCAGUGCUGAGAAGGUCACCAAAGUCCCACAUGUGAACGGGCUUGGUGAGGAUAUUGGCAGUACCGUGUUCUCGGGAAAGGUGAUCCGGCCACUGCGCAGUGUGGAUCCCUCUCAGACUGAAUACCAAGGACUUAUUGAAGUAACAGAAGAAGGCUCCAGCAAAGGUCAGAAUUACCCGUUUGGAAUCGUUAGCAUGACCAGUAAACGAGAUUGCCUGCAGAAAGGGGAGAUGGUGAAGUUUCAGCUGUGUACCGUGCCUCAGACAGGACAAAAGAUGGCAUGUAACGUCGUUCCACAGCGUAGAGCUCUGGUGGAAUGUGUUAAAGACCAGUUUGGUUUCAUCACAUAUGAGGUAGGCGAGAGUAAGAAGCUGUUCUUCCACAUGAAGGAGGUGCAGGAUGGCUUGGAGCUCCAGACUGGAGAUGAAGUGGAGUUCUCUGUUAUCCUGAACCAGCGCACGGGGAAGUGCAGUGCCUGCAAUGUCCGCAGAGUCAGUGAGGGUCCUAAAGCAGUGGCUACCCCUCGGCCCGACCGGCUGGUGAACCGCCUGAAGAGCAUUACCCUGGAUGAUGCCAGCGCCCCGCGUCUGGUGAUCAUUCGACAACCCCGGGGCCCUGAUAAUUCAAAGGGCUUUAAUGUGGAGAGGAAACCUCGCCAGGCCGGUGUGAUUGACUGAGCUACUAUUUGCUGCUCCUCCCUCUCCACAUUGACAACACCUCAGAGAAAAGAAGCAAUCAAGACUAAAGGACAGGGAAGGGAUUUGCACUGUUAUAAACAUCAAUAAGACACAUAAAGCCACACACAACACCCCCUCAUCCUGUUCCAAAAUCCCUUCCAAAAAAAAUAAUCUCCUCAGACCUUAUUGGUGUGGUUUUUGCGCAUUUGUCAUCAACAACGAUUCUUUUGGCUGUGUGCGUGUAUGUGUGCAUUGUGUGGGAUAUCUCAAGUAUUUUUUAAGGUUAUGUUUGUGGAGUGUGUUGCAGUGUUGGAGGAAAAUGGGAUUCGGUGGUUCUGCCACCUAAUGAUGGCUUAACAUGUUUCCAUUUCAAUCCAAGAUGAUAUUGUCUGGAAUUCUGCACCCCACCCACCUGGUUCAGCAUCUUUCAAAUCAAGUGCUUUACACUCGCUCAUGUACUUUUCCCCUUUCUUCUCCUGCUGUGUUCAGUGCAUCUUCUACAACCACUCUGCUAUGAAAUAUCACUGUGCUUUAGAUUGCUCAUUAUCAUUUGUCUGAAUGAUCCUCUUUUUUUCCCCUAAUUGAGUUUUUGUUCAAGUUCUGUAUGUUUUUGUUUUAAUAGCUGUGCUUGCAUUUGCACCCUCCUUCCUUCCUGCCCUGUUAUCUUUUGCUUUCAGGUGCAGAAUUCCUAAUAGCUUCUCAUAUUUUGCAAUCCUUUUAUAUUGUUUUCUUUUUUUCCCCCCAUUGCACACACCUUUUUUGCUUUUUUUUUUUUUUUUUUUUUUUUUUUUUGCUUUUUAUUUUUAAACAUUUCAAUUUAAUAUGCUUCUAACAAGUAAAAUAAAAGUAAGAUUAAGGUGCCUAAAGACUCUAAAUAAAACAACAAAACAAACCCAACCACACAAUAGAGGUAUACUCUAUUCCUGGACAAUUGCCAAAAAAAAAUCUUAGGGUGGCUUUUUCCAAGUAGGUUUAAUACUAAUCUGCAUCCCUAAGACCUGUGGAUAAAGUAUACUAUAUGUAAUGUGUGCUAUUUAGUUAGUGGGAGGUUUAAAAAAAAAUACAAAAUUUAAAAAAAAACAAAAAAAACCUUAAGUCUACAUAACCUGUGAGAUAAAAAGGGGAAACAAUACAAAAGGUUCAAUUCAAAAACUAUAAGAUCAGGAUUUAAUGUAGAGACUAUUUGCUGUGCUCCUUACUGAAAAUCAAAAUAUUACUGUUAAGACUUUUUUUUUUUUUUUUUUUUCCUGGAGAUCAGUGGGUUACUGCAGAGUCACCGGUUCUCCUCUAUACUUUUGUUAAUGGUCUUGAAUGAAACAAUUGAAAUAAAUGUUUUAUGAAAACAA